AUGGCAUUAGUAGUCAUCUGUGGCCAACCAUGUAGUGGGAAAUCAACGGCUGCGGUCUGUCUAACUGAAGCUCUCAAAGACGCAGAAUCUAAACCAGCAGUCAGGAUCAUUAACGAAACUUCCUUUCAUCUUGAUCGCAACGAAAGCUAUGCUGACAUGGUGGCUGAGAAGAAUCUAAGGGGGGUACUUAGAUCUGAAGUUGAUAGAUCUUUGUCGAAAGAUAAUAUUAUUGUAGUGGAUUCUUUAAACAGUAUCAAGGGUUACAGAUACGAGUUAUGGUGUUUAGCUCGUGCUGCAGGAAUUAGAUAUUGUGUCCUUUAUUGUGAAGUUGAAGAGACUGAGUGUAGAAAAUGGAAUGAAGAACGCAGGGAGAAAGAAGAACCUGCCUAUGAUGAUAAGAUAUUUGAAGAUUUGGUGAGAAGGUUUGAGAAACCAGAUAGAAGAAAUCGAUGGGAUUCACCAUUGUUUGAGUUAUGGCCAGCUAGAGAUUGUAUAGAGAAAUCCUCUGUUGCCAUAGUAGACGCUAUUUCAUACUUGACGAAAAAAGUAGACUCGAAAACAAUGGGUGUUAAAGUUUUACAGCCAACAAUAGCGACACAAAAUGCAAGGUUUUCUGAGUCAAACUCUCUUUAUGAGAUGGAUAGAGCGACGCAAGAGGUAAUUAAUGUUAUUGUUGCAGCACAGUCCCAGGCAUUUGGGGGGCCUGUAAAUGGAAUUUGUGUGAGUCCAGGAUUACCAACAAUUAAUAUUACAAGAUCAGUUGGGCUGCCAGAGCUUCGAAGGCUAAGACGAACAUUUGUCAAAUUGACCGGGCAAUCUAGCUUAAGUGGACCACCUCCUCCUUCGGAUGCUGAGAGUGCAAAGAGGAUGUUUGUGGAUUACUUGAAUAGAGAAUUAGGAACUGGUUGA